UGCACCACCCUCCGGCUUAAAAAGUUAAAGGUAAGUAGAAGAGAGAGAAGGGAUAAUUUGUUAGGUUGUAAGGAGGGAGAAGAUAGAGAGAUCUAUCCGUGUUUUUUAAUGACUGCUGCACUCUUCUUCGAUUUGUCAUCGUUUGCUUAAAUUCUGGUAUCAUUUCCUUUGAUUUGAAAGCAUCUAGUAAAUUGAGAAAGGAAGAGUUUUGCGUUGUGGGAUAGGGUUUUCUUGGUUAGCCCAGCGGAGAUUUGCCGGCAAAAGGAAAGGAAUCGACUUCAUUUCCCUUUUGCUCGACACCACCUCUACAACCGUUCCUCUCUCUAUCUUGUGGUGAUCUUUAUUUAGCUAAAAGGAAGUUAUGGCUACACUUCUUGACAUUGGUGUUUCGGCAGCUAUAAAUAUACUGUCCGCAUUGGCGUUCCUACUGGCAUUUGCGAUACUGCGACUGCAGCCAUUUAAUGACAGGGUAUACUUCCCUAAAUGGUAUCUUAAAGGACUUAGAAGCAGUCCUUCAAGUAAUGGUGCAUUUGUCCGGAAGUUUGUCAAUCUAGACUAUACAUCAUAUCUGAAGAUCCUUGCUUGGAUUCCUGCCGCCCUGCAAAUGCCUGAACCCGAGCUGAUUGAACAUGCAGGAUUAGAUUCUGCUGUUUAUUUACGGAUUUACCUUUUAGGGCUUAAGAUAUUUGUUCCUAUUGCUUUCUUGGGAUUUGCAAUCUUGGUACCUGUAAACUACACCAAUAAUACUCUUGAGUCUAUGAAGGUGGAGUACAGCGAUGUAGACAAGCUUUCCAUAUCAAAUAUUCCUAAAGGAUCAGACAGAUUUUGGACCCACUUGGUGAUGGCAUAUGCCUUUACCUUUUGGACUUGCUUUGUGUUGUUAAAAGAAUAUGAAAAAGUUGCAUCAAUGAGGUUGCAUUUUCUUGCAUCAGAGAGACGCCGUCCUGACCAGUUCACUGUCCUUGUAAGAAAUGUGCCACCUGAUCCGGAUGAAUCUAUUAGUGAACUUGUGGAACACUUUUUUCUCGUCAACCAUCCUGAGCACUAUCUAACACAUCAGAUUGUCUACGAUGCCAACAAUCUUUCUAAGGUUGUUAAAAAGAAGAAGAACAUGAAGAACUGGUUGGACUUCUAUCAAUUGAGACAUGAAAGAAAUCCAUCUAAAAGACCAAUCCGUAAGACCGGUUUUCUAGGCUUAUGUGGUGAGAAGGUGGAUGCAAUUGACUAUUACACGACAGAGAUUGCAAAGCUAUCUAAAGAAGAGGUGGAAGAACGAGACAGGAUUAAGGGACAAAAUUCCAUUAUUCCUGCUGCAUUUGUCUCAUUUCGAACACGAUGGGGAGCAGCUGUGUGUGCUCAAACGCAGCAAACUAGAAACCCAACAAUUUGGUUGGCUGAGUGGGCUCCCGAACCUCGUGAUGUUUACUGGAAUAACCUAGCUGUCCCUUUUGUCCACCUUACCGUUAGAAGGUUGAUAAUAGCAGUCGCAUUAUUCUUUCUGAUAUUCUUCUUCAUGGUCCCUAUAGCCUUUGUACAAUCUCUUGCAAAUAUAGAAGGCAUCGAGAAAGCAGUUCCAUUUUUAAGGCCCUUAAUCGAGAGGAAAUUAAUUAAGUCAUUUAUCCAAGGCUUUCUUCCUGGUAUUGCACUAAAGAUUUUUCUUAUCCUACUGCCAACAAUAUUGAUGCUCAUGUCCAAGUUUGAAGGAUUUGUGGCGUUAUCAAUUCUUGAGCGAAAAUCAGCAUCAAAAUAUUAUCUCUUUUUACUUGUAAAUGUUUUCCUGGGAAACAUAAUUACUGGAACUGCUUUUCAGCAACUCAACACUUUCAUUCACCAGUCGGUUAAUGACUUUCCAAGGAUCAUAGGCGUAGCAAUUCCAAUGAAAGCGUCAUUUUUCAUAACUUUUGUCAUGGUUGAUGGCUGGGCUGGAGUUGCUGGGGAGAUAUUAAGAUUAAAACCUUUGAUAAUCUAUCAUUUGAGAAACUUUUUUCUUGUAAAGACUGAAAAAGACAGAGAAGAAGCAAUGGAGCCUGGUAGUUUUGAUUUUGGAUCAUCUGAACCACAGCUACAGUUGUAUUUCCUUCUUGGUCUCGCCUAUGCUGUGGUUACACCGUUCUUGCUUCCCUACAUAUUAAUAUUUUUUGGACUGGCAUAUCUUGUAUUUCGUCAUCAGGUCAUAAAUGUGUAUAAUCAAGAAUAUGAGAGCGCAGCAGCAUUCUGGCCGGAUGUCCAUGGUCGCAUAAUCUGUGCACUGAUCAUAUCACAAGUUCUUCUUUUAGGUCUGCUAAGCACCAAAGAAGCUGCGAAUUCAACUCCUUUUCUCAUUGCUCUUCCUAUAUUGACAAUAUGGUUUAAUAAAUUCUGUAAGAGCCGCUAUGAGUCAGCUUUCAAGAAGUACCCACUACAGGAAGCCAUGAUGAAGGAUACCCUGGAACGUAUCAAAGAGCCAAAUCUGGACUUGAAAAACUUCCUUCUAAGUGCUUAUAUCCACCCAGUAUUCAAGGAGAUGGAUGAAGAUGACAGCGUUUCUUGCUUUGACAAGGAUGGAGAGUUUGAGAAUGUUCUGGUACCUACCAAGAGGUCUUCUCGCAGAAACACACCAGUGCCCAGCAAAUACAAUGACUCAGCUUCACCCUCUCUUUCUGAUAUUGGUAGAGAACAGCAGUUGUGAAAUUUGCUAAUCUUUGUAUAGUUGUGGUGUGUUCACAUGUACAGUAGGCCUACUUACAAGAUUGCUUCAUGUGUGAUGUCUGGUAAGUUUGCUAUCCCUUCUUCAUUUUAUGUUUUUAUGUUCUCACUGCUGAGUUUUCGAUAUGGAAGAAUCAUGAACCUUGUUCACCUAAAGAA